AUGGCUGCGUUGAUGUUAGCAGCACAGGAUGAGCUGGCAAGACGACGUGCAAGACGUCGAGAACGUGUUUUUCAAGACCGGUUUCACCCACUGGACAUGUACAAUGAUUUAGAACUGUAUCAAAGAUACCGACUGGAUAGGAGAACCAUUUUAGAUUUGAUUGACGCUGUCGGAGAUGUACUUGACCCACAUACAGUUAGGAAUCAUGCUCUACCAAGUAGUCUGAACAUUGUUGCAGCUCUACGUUUCUAUGCUACGGGAUCAUUUCAACAGAUAACUGGCGAUACCGUCCAUGUAUCACAACCAACAAUGAGCCGAGUAAUUUCACAAGUUACUAAUGCUUUGCUUCAUCUAUUGCCAACAAUUGUGAACUUUCCCAAGUCUGAAGAUAUUCCUAACAUCGUGCAAGAGUUUUGGGUGUGA